AUGAGCGCCACACCAAGCACUCCAACCCAAAAAGUCGUCCCAGACGAGGAGAAGACGCCAGAAGGCGAGAACGUCGAGAAGAAGGGAAAAACUCCAGUGGUUGUUCCACUGCCACACGAGACACCAGCCGCCGUUCGUAACCGUCGUCAUAUUCAAGCCGAACUACACAUCGGAUCACCAUCGGACAACAUGCUCUCGCCGUGUACCAGCAAAAUUGUCGGCAGAAAAACCGCCGGCAUUUCGGGACCAGCCGCCAUCCUUCGCAACAAGCAGCAACAAAAGACAAUUCCAUUCAAAAUGGACGUCGAUGACGAGUGA